UGGCUCCAUUGGUUCCGUCAUACGAGGAAGUUACCCGGAAGACAACUGAUGUAACACAAGGAAAGUUCCCGACUACGCAAAGGUCGAUUAGCCUGACAGCUCCUGAGAGACGCGUCUGUUUGAAUUCUCCUGAAAACCAACACUUGUACCGACAAUUACGACGAUGCCGAGAGGAAGCAGAAGCAGGACAUCCAGGAUGGCCCCUCCAGCCAGACGGGCACCAUCACCACCACCCAUGGCCAGGGCUGCGCCUCCUCCCUCCCAUGCUCCAGUUCCGAUGCAGGCCCCUCCCUCUGCUGUGGGCGCUCCAGCAGCACCCAGGCAGCCGGGUAUGUUUGCCCAGAUGGCAACUACAGCCGCGGGUGUGGCAGUGGGCUCUGCAGUGGGACACACCAUCGGCCACGCCCUCAGUGGAGGCUUCGGUGGAGGACAAUCAGAGCCUGCCAAGCCUGACGUUACAUACCAGGAGCCGUACCAGCAGCAGCCGCAGUACCAGCAGCAGCCACAGUACCAGCAGCAGCCACAGUACAUGUACCAGCAGCAGCAGCAGCCUCCUCAGCAGGAGCAGCAGGCCUGCUCAUACGAACUAAAACAGUUCAUCGAUUGCGCCCAGAACCAAAGUGACUUCAAACUGUGCGAGGGCUUCAGUGAAGUGCUCAAACAGUGCAAGUUCUCCAAUGGUUUGUCAUGAAGCUGAGACUAAUACCUGGAGAAAGAAACGCAGCACAAACUGUAAUAAAUACCCAUACUGGAUAGUUACUGGUGUGAUGCACAUGAGUUCAAUAAACAUGCUUUAUUUAGACGUUUGAUUAUCAGACAACAUUGUGUUUGUUUCUCAGGAGACCUUGUAACCGCAGUCGUAUCAAUAAUGUUCAUAUGUUUUUUUUGUUGCAGCGUUUCGAGUUGAUUUCAUUCGUUUUUCUGCAGCUUCAGUGCUUUUAAUUUAAAAUUCCUCCAGUAUAAAUAUUAUAAGGUGAACUGCAUUCUCGUAGAUGACUUGUGAAUUCACAUCUUCUCAGUAGAUGUCCACUGUAAUAAAGCACUUGGACCAUGAA